UGGCGGCGGCCUGCGUGGCAAAAGAUCCACUUCCGUCAGCCUGACCCCGCGGAGAGAGAGAGAGAGAAACUGAAUAAAUAGAAAGCGCGAAUCCGGAAAGGGAUGCCAUGUCCCUCCACAAGAUUCUGUCAGAGAGGAUCGCCGAAGCCCAGGAGCUGCUGGAGAGGGCAGAGGCACUGUCCCGAUCCCGUGUUGGUGGGGUGCAGGGCGGACCAAAGCUCUGUGGCAAGCUGAAGGCUGAGCUGAAGUUCUUACGGAAAGUAGAAGCGGGCAAGGUUUCAGUGAAGGAGUCGCACCUGCAGAGCACGAACCUCACCCACCUGAAGGCGGUCAUUGAGUCGGCAGAGAGCCUGGAGGACGUGGUCAGCCUUCUGCAUGUUUUCAACUAUCAGGAACGUUCUGGUGAAAAGCAGUCGCUUGUGGUGGAUGUCGUUGCAAAUGGAGGCCUCACCUGGGUCAAAGCCAUCGGUCGGAAAGCCGAGGCGCUGCACAGUAUCUGGGUAGGGAGAGGCCAAUAUGGAGACAAAAGUAUUGUUGAACAAGCAGAAGAUUAUUUGGAAGCAAGCAAACAGCAGCUGGUGCAGUACAGUAAUCCACAUAUUGUGUUUGCCUUUUAUAAUGGCAUUUCUAGCCCCAUGGUAGAGAGACUGAAAGAAAUGGGGCUGUCUGUACGGGGAGAUAUUGUAGCUGUGAAUUCAGUGAUUGAUUUCGUGGAGGAGGCUGAUAAUUUCGCUGAUAAUUCCGCUGAUUCUGAUGAAGACUUGGAGGAGCCUCUGCAAGUGACAAAAGUAGAUCGAUCUACAAUCGUUGCCAGUGUUGCCUUUCCCGCUGAAGUCAAAGUGGAUUUCUGCAACCGUGUCAAUUUAGACAUAACCACCCUGAUCACCUUUGUAUCGGCAGUAAGUCAUGGAGGCUGUUGCUUCAUCUUUAAGGAGAAAGUGCUGACAGAGCAAGCUUCCCAGGAAAGGGUGGAAAGUGUCUUGCCUAAGCUGCAGGCCUUCAUGAAGGACAAAGAGUUAUUUGCAUGUGAGUCAGCAGUGAAAGAUUUUCAAGCCAUUCUUGAGACAUUGGGCGGCCCUGGAGAAAAGGCCCGGGCACAGAAGCUAUUACAGGAAAUCACGGUUGUACCUGACCAGCCUUCUGAACGGGCUUCCAGAUUGGAAGCCAGUGCAAAAAUUAACAGUCGCUCUAUUACGAUCUUUGGCACUGGAGAUGCCUUGAAGGCAAUCACAAUGACAGCAAACAGUGGGUUUGUUCGAGCUGCAGAUAACCAAGGUGUGAAAUUCAGUGUAUUUAUCCAUCAGCCUAGGGCUUUGACAGAAAGCAAGGAACCAACAGCGACUCCUUUACCUGGGACUGCCUUUCAUGAGAGGGUCUGCAAUGGUGGUUUAGUAAGAUAAAGCCAUGUCUUGUAAUUGACGUUGUCAUGUUUAAAGGGCAUGGGGAUUAGUUUAACUGUGGGCUCUGGUGGAAAACCGGCUAUCAAAUUUCAGCCUCUUAUACACCCUGUCCUAAUUUCCUUUCGUGAUGUCAAAUCUUGCGUGGUGGCUAAUUCAAUAUUGUUAGUUUCACACCGUCAUCUACAGUUAAAAUUAUCCCCCCAUGCCUCUGAAUUGCGUACGCAGUGCGGGCCAACAGUAAAAAAGUAUUCAGACUGGCAGCUAACGGCCAUUUUAGGCAAUCCUUGACAUUUAAGCCUGUUUUACUAUAUUUGCCUCCAUUGCAGCUCUUGAUAUACCAGUCAAGUAAAUGAUCCAAAUCAUUAUCCUGUAGCAUGGAGGAUACAACUCUACUGCACUGCUUCGGCCUACAGUCCAUGUUUGUAAAAUACAGUUGAUACUGGAUGCAAAAAGCACUGUUUAAAAAGAAACAAGUUACUGAGCAAUUUUCAAAAGCCAUCUUUAGUGAUGUUUCACUGGAGUACAUAAUAUUUUGCAUUGUUGCAUUGACUAAAAUUGUGAUGGAAGCAAAUGGCUUCUUUCAUGAAUUGUUUUGUAUUAUUGAAAAGGCAGUACCUGUUGAGUCUGACAAAAUGGUAUUGAGGUCAGUGGAAUACGAGCUUUAAAACUGGAUGGGAAGUAAAGUCUUGAGUUGGAUAUCUGAUAGCAGAUGCAGCUAAUGAAUUUGUUUUCUGAUGCUGAGCACAGGCACUGUUUGGUUCCAGCUGGAACCUUCAUGUUCUGCUGGGAAUUAAAAGAUGUUUGGAGAAGGGAGCAGUAAAGCAAUAUUUAAGUACAAGAAUAAUUGCCUUUUCUGAGAAUUAAAAGACAAAUAGAGACAGCAAAACAGGCAAGAACCAGUAGAGAAAUUAAGGAUGGAAUUUGUAGAAUUAAAGCAAAGAAAAUGGUAAAAGAGUGGAACUGAACCUGGGUAAUGGGGGAUGAUGAAUGGGCCUGGGUGUAAAUCACCAGUAGAAUUGCAGGUUGAGGAAAAGUAUUCAGUUAAUACAGAAAAAAAAUAAUGGGAACUGAAUUGCAGUCCAUUUUUGUUUGUAGAUUGGUUCUGCAGCAAGGUGGUACUCAUUGUACAGUUAUUCAGUGUGGAGUUAGCUCUCAUCAUGCUGGCAUAUUCCUGUUUGCAGUGUGUACAAUAAAAGCCUAUUAUAGAU